AUGGUUGUGAACAUGUGGGUUUGUACCUUGUUGACUCGCUGUGUCAAGUACAACUCAACAAGGAAUUCCAGACGACCGAUUGGCGUGUUAGACCACUCCCCGAAGAAA